UCACUGGGAGUGGGAGAGAGAGAGCCCCGGAGCAAACCACGGGAAGAAGACUCGGAAAGUCCAAAACCCAAAUCCAAAGAGCACGUCGCUACCACCUCUCCCUCUCUCUCGCCGCCGUGGUCUUCACUUCAGUUGAAGUCGUCGCCGCCGCCCUCGUUGUCGGCGCCCGUGCCAUUCGAAGCCCAAAGCCCUUAGCCCUAGCUUCCCCGCUGGAGGACAGGAAAGGGGACGGAGAUGUCGUCGUGGCUACGCAGCGCGGUGAGCCGGGCGGUGGAGGCCGGCGGCCGCAGCGGCGUCGCGCGCGCCGUCAAGGGGUACGCUGACGCCGUCGCCCACCACGCCGGGCAGGCCGUCUCCGACAUCCUCCACGACCGCGGGGGCACACAAAACUACAAAAGUUUCAAGAAAACAGUAGCACGCUUGGAAGAGGCAGCAGUUUCAUGCCGUGGCAGUGAAAGAGUUGAAUUGUUGAGACGUUGGUUGGGAGCAUUACAAGACAUUGAAGCUGAACUUGCUGGUUCAGAUUUGAAGGAUUCCGAAGAUCAUGAUUCUGUUGGUGAAUUGGAUACUUUAAAACAACCACUGACUUUGUUUUAUGAUCCUGAUAUCGAAGGAGCACCUAUGAACUUCCGUGACGUGUUCCUGUACAGCCAGGCACUCGAAGACAUUUCACAAUCCAUGAUUCUUGAAGCUCCAUCUGAGGAAGAAGUUUCACUUCUCUUGGAAAUUUUUGGCCUGUGUCUCACUGGUGGGAAAGAAGUCAACAAGGCAAUCAUGGACAAUGUGCAAGACUUGGCCAAGGCCUUCUCAAAUUACAAAGAUGAAGUCUUGGUGAAGCGUGAAGAGCUACUUGAAUAUACGCGGAAUGUGAUUUCAGGACUAAAGAGAAACGCUGAUAUUAUGAGGAUAGAUGCUGAAACACUUGAGUUGUGGAGAAAACUAGACGAGAAGGAAAAAUCUCGGUCAACCGAAGAUCAAGACAAAGCAUCAGAGAAGAUUGUUGUUGCCAAUAUUGAGGCUUUAAAAGAAGCACUUACUGAAGUCCGCUUUUGCUCUAGAGUGGAAGAACUUCUACUGAAGAAGAAGUCAAUUACUCAUGGGGACUCCAUGGAGCUGCAUUCUCAGAAGGUUGAUAAACUAAAGGUCCUGGCAGAUUCCCUUGCUAGUUCAUCCUCCAAAGCAGAACAGCGUAUUAUAGACCACAGGCGUCAGAAAGAAGAUGCUCUGAAUUUUCGUGUUAAAAAGGAGAACGAAGUGAAUGCGGCCGAAAACGGAUUGCUUGCUGAGAUGACUGAACUGGAGAAGCAAAGAGAUGAGCUUGAGGCUCAGUUGAAAAAGGUCAAUAUAUCAAUAAAUGCUGCUGCUGCACGGCUCAAGACAACAAGGGAAGAGAGAGACCAAUUUGACGAAGCGAAUAAUCAGAUCAUAUUUAGUUUAAAAACGAAGGAGGAUGACCUCUCGAAAUCCAUUGCCACAUGCAAUGUGGAAGCCAAUGUAGUCAAGACCUGGAUUAGUUUCCUUGAGGACACCUGGCAGCUCCAGUCCUCGUACAAUGAAAAGAAGGAAAAGAAAACAAGUGAUGAGUUGGAGAGAUGUGUGAACGAUUUCCUGAAGUUGACCAAACAUCACCUUUCAGCCUUCAAGGAAGUCCUAAGCCCGUCAAUUGAAAGCAUUCAAACAUAUGUGGAUAAUUUGGCAGUCUUGAACUCAAGGGAAGAGGCAACAGAAAAUGAAGACGAUGAAGCAUCCAAGAAGACGAACCCACGUAAAUCCCUUGAGGAGGAAUAUUUGGAAACUGAAAAGAAGAUCAUUGUUGCUUUCAGCAUCGCUGAUCACAUAAAGAAGUUGUUCUAUUCUGAGCAUGGGGCUAAUUCAAGGAGAGAUGACCCAGUGGUGAAGAACCUAAUUGACGAGAUCGAGAAGAUGAGGGAGGCAUUUGAAUCUAUAGAAAGGCCGACCCUGAGCAUAGAAGAUCACAGAUCGAAGGCACUACCUGAGGAAAGAUCUGACUUGAGCCCUUCGCCUAUUCAAGCGCCUGCUACCCCUAAAGCUGCGCACAUUGACUCUCCGAAAUCUCCCAUGAAGCCCGAGCAUCAGCUGGAUCCUGAUGCUGAACUUGCAAACCUGGGAGCAGACUUUGGGAAGGACAGCAAAGAUUACUCCGGCGAGGAGAUCAGCGGAUGGGAGUUUGAUGAGCUCGAAGAGGAGAGCUGACAUGCUGUCGGUAUCAAACAACAAAACUCUACUAGAUUCAGUUUGGCCGCACUGACAUGUAUGGCUCCACUUCUGGUGUACCCCAACAAAUGUGCACAGUUGGAUGUAUAUAUAUAAAUUGGUUGUUCGAUUAUGCGGUUACUGUCUGCGGAUAUUCAGAUCGACCUGUGACCUUGGCAAGGCAUUUGCUAUUUGUUUGUUCUUGCCAUGACCAUGUUGUCUUACAUGUGUACUGAUUACUGAACAGAACUAUUUGUAAGGCUCGCAAGCCUCUUGAGUCUUGACAGACUAUUGCAUCUUCAAUACACACAUUGGGACUUCAGUAAA